CGAUAAAAAUACAUUUUGAAAGGCUCCGUACCUAAACCCCCCUCGUUUCUCUUUUUCUUUCUACUUCUUUUUCGAAACCCUGGAGAUCCCAAAUUCCUAAUCUCUCUCUUCCUCUUCCAGAUGCUAUCUCACAAUUUUCCUUGCCUUUUGAUCCUUGUUCUCCUUGUUUCGCCAGUCUUGGAAGCCUCGGUGAUCUCACAGAUGCGGCCUCGGCGUUCGAUUCUCCGGUAUUUAGGAGAUGAGAUUGAACCCCCGGACGCUGCGGUGGAGCUUAACAGCACCAACUUUGAUGCGGUCCUCAGCAAUUCUCCUGCUACCUACGCUAUCGUCGAGUUCUUUGCUCAUUGGUGUCCUGCUUGCAGAAAUUAUAAGCCUCAAUAUGAGAACGUUGCAAGACUAUUCAAUGGGCCUGAAGCAGUGCAUCCUGGUAUAAUACUUAUGACACGUGUUGAUUGCGCCUGGAAGAUGAAUACAAAUCUUUGUGAUCGAUUUUCAGUUAGCCGCUAUCCCAUGCUGCUGUGGGGACCUCCUAUUAAAUUUGCAUCUGGUAAAUGGGAUCCUAAACAAGAGAAAAAUGAAAUACAUUCUAUUGAUGAUGCAAGAACAGCUGAACGAUUGCUUAAUUGGAUCAACAAGAAGCUUGGAAGCUCAUUCAGCUUAGAAGAUGAAAAAUAUGAAAAUGAGAAUACUCUUCCGUGGAAUGCUUCUGAUCCUGAGCUGAUUUCUCGAGCUGUAUAUGACGUCGAGGAAGCAACAACAAAAGCUUUUGAGAUAAUUCUAGAACACAAGAUGAUUAAACUAGAUACUCGAUCCCCUCUGAUUAAAUUUCUCCAGCUUUUGGUGGCUCAUCAUCCUUCUAAAAGAUGUCGAAAGGGAAGUGCUGAUAUACUUGUCAACUUUGAUGACCUGUGGCCUUCAGGUCUUCUCCCAACUGGUCCUCAUGCAGCUUCCAUUUCUAAAGAGAGAGAUGGCUUGAAAGGUUUUUGGAUUUGUGGAAAGGAGGUUCCUCGUGGAUAUUGGAUAUUUUGUCGUGGGAGCAAAAAUGAAACUCGAGGAUUUAGUUGUGGCCUUUGGGUUCUACUACAUUCUUUAUCUGUCAGAGUUGGAGAUGGAGAGAGCCAUUCGGCUUUUACUGCUAUUUGUGACUUCAUUCACAAUUUCUUCCUCUGUGAUGAAUGUCGCCAACAUUUCUACGAAAUGUGUUUGAGUGUUUCAACCCCAUUGAACACAACUCGUGAUCUUGGCCUUUGGUUGUGGAGGGCACACAACAAAGUCAACGAAAGACUUAUGAUAGAAGAGAAGGAUAUGAAAACUGAAGACCCGAGAUUUCCUAAGACCAUAUGGCCACCGAAACAGCUCUGCAAUCAAUGUUACUUUGCUCCGAGUAGUAAAAGCCAUGGAGCUGCCCUCUUGGACUGGAAUGAGGAUGAAGUGUUCAAGUUCUUGGUAAAAUAUUAUGGUGAAAAUCUUGUCUCAUCUUACAAGGACUCAGUUAGCGACAGCAGAGACGGAGAGUCAAUUGUUGAUGAUAUGGCUGUCUCAACAAAUGCUGUUGCUGUACCUGUUGGAGCUGCAUUGGCCAUCGCUCUUGCCAGCUGCGCAUUUGGAGCGCUUGCAUGCUUUUGGCGCACACAGCAGAAGAACCGGAAGCAAAGAAAGAAUUUAUCCAAGACUUGACUAAAGCUAUCGGCACGCCGGGUGUUGAUCAACUUGUGCCGGGUGUUGAUCAACUUGUCGAGCCUUCGUUUUCUUUACUGGGAAUGCAAAUUGUAUAUUAUUUCUUAAUUGCAAUUUUGAGAAACUGGGCAUCUGAAUAAGAUAAAGGAAAAAUAAGGAAAAAAAAAAAAAACAAAGAGCUUUUGAGGUGUUUUGUUUUUAUGAUAGUUGACAAAUGAACAUUUUGUAUCCUCGCUUAAUAUCACAGAAGCAUCUGUACACGUUAUAGGGCGUACUUUUACAGGGAACCAAAGAAUAGCCUUGGAGUAAACAAUACCAUUAUUGCCUCUAUUACUGUGCAUCAGGUGAUUAUGGCCUUUAUUUGCUCAUUUUUGCCCUUUAUAUGGUCAGGUAGCGUAUAUUUUGGUGAAAAUUUAGUUCCUCAAAUGUGGCUAUUAUUUCCAGAACUUUAAUUCUAGUCAUGUA